UCUUGAAGAUACUAAGUGCCAGUCCUCCUCAAAAGGGACACGAGAUGGCUGCGACGGUCGUGUUGAUGAUGACUCUCGCUGCCGCGCUGCGACAAUCCACCGGACUGCGACCUAGCUUGGCUUCUUUGUCGACCCAAAAUGCCGGUCAGCAGCAGGAAAUUACUGAAAGGCACAAUGACCUCCGGAGAAGUGUGAAUCCAAGUGCCAGAAACAUGCUGAGAAUGGAAUGGAAUCCUACAGCCGCGGAGAACGCUAGACGCUGGGCGCAGCAAUGUACGCUUAAUCACAGCCCACGCGAGAAAAGAACCAUCGAUGGGAAAGUAUGCGGUGAAAAUCUCUUCAUGUCAACCGCGCCUACUUCAUGGUCCGAAGCGAUUCAGGCUUGGUUUGAUGAGGUGAAAUACUUCAAGUACGGUUACGGAAGCGUAACGGGCGAGGAAACGGGCCAUUACACACAGGUAGUUUGGUAUCGGUCCUACCAACUUGGCUGCGCUAUCGCCCACUGUCCUUGGAGUAAAUUCGCUUACUAUUAUGUUUGCCAUUACUGUCCCGGAGGAAACAUCGUGGGCUCGAUCAGUACGCCCUACAAAACAGGAAGGCCUUGCGAGGACUGCCCCAACGCUUGCGACAACAAACUCUGCACCAAUCCUUGCAAACAUAACAACAUCUAUAGCAACUGUCCGGAUUUAGCACGUUCUCACGGAUGCGACCAUCCAGACGUGAAGGAGUGGUGUAAAGCUUCUUGCCAGUGCAAGACCGAAAUCAUAUAGCACGCCGGCUCGACAGACAUUCUCUCUCCUUUGCUGAAGAAGACACCCUUUGCAUUAAAAACCAUGCCGUCUUUCCGCGCAUCGUAGGCCAAACAGAUGAUUCAAUUCAUCUGAAAUUUGCAAAUGUGUUUCCGGCAUUGAAAAGCCAUGGAGUUCUUAGUAAGGAUGUAUGAAAAAAGAGAGAGAAAUUUUCGGGCAGGGAAAGUAGACUGAGACAUGUAAUAGGUCACUAGAGACAGGACACACACAAACACACACACACACAAUUCCAAAAAGACAACUCAACAACAAUAGGAAAUUCAAAACCAAUGUGGCAACUUCGAUGGACAUACCCGGGUAAUUCUACUGCACCCACCAAUCAGGAGGUUGUGGACCAAUGGCCAUUUCUGGACUGACAGGUUGCUCCAGGGAAUCUGAGGAAUCGAGCCUUAAGGGUUGACAUUGCAGUCGCACACAUUCUCUGUGUAUUCUGUAUGCAUUCUGCAUCUACAAGCAAGGCCCACAUUUUUUAACUCACUGGCUGCCAACCCCACCCUCCCUCCGUAAUUCUGCAAAAAGAAAGGGAAGGGAGGGAGAAAUCCAGACCCACACACAUAAUACUGAAACAUUUGGAAGCAGGGAAUCCCCUCGUUUUUAUAUUUAUUGAUUCCUUCUUAUGCUCUCUCUGGCUUUUUAAAGUUUGCCUGAGCAAG